AUGGAAAUUAUAAAAGCUAAUGGAGCUUUUCUAUGCAACUACGAAGUUAUGCAAAUCUUACAGCAAUUAAAGGAUACUACGCAAAAGAAGCAUAAACGAGAAGGCUCAUUAGCUACUGUUACUUAUGAAACAGUGCAUUAUUUACAAGAUACAGAAUGUAAGAACCAAAGUGCAGAAUCCAUACAAAAAUUUCUAGAAGCAAUGAAAUGUUUUAAAUUAACAAAAUGUGAAAAAUUGAUGAUGGUGAACACUCCACCAAGAACUGAACUAGAAAUUCAAUUAAUUGUUCAAGAGAGCGAAGAAAGAUUGUCCGAAGAAGAUGUUAGAAAGAUUAUUGACAUUGCAAAUGAAUUCUUACCUGCAAAUCCU